UGAAUAAAAUUGAAUUCCUGAGACGAAUUGUCAAAGAGAGAAAUACUUAGUAUCGAAUAAAAUAUAUUGACAAUCAUGACUAUCGUAACCAUAUUAAAUCGUAAUCUUACUUUAUCUCAGCUGUCAAAGCUGCAUUCGCACAUUUACGGGCCGAAUGUACGAUUUUGGGCGUCGCACGCUAAAUUCGCUGAGCACAAACCUUUGGAAAAGAUCAGAAAUAUUGGUAUAUCAGCUCACAUUGAUUCCGGAAAAACUACUUUGACUGAACGUAUUUUGUAUUAUACCGGUAGAAUAUCUGAGAUGCACGAAGUAAGAGGAAAAGACAAUGUAGGUGCAACUAUGGACAGUAUGGAAUUAGAAAGACAAAGAGGAAUCACCAUUCAGUCUGCUGCUACUUACACAUUGUGGAAAGAUCACAACAUCAAUAUUAUUGACACUCCCGGACAUGUUGACUUUACUGUGGAAGUUGAAAGAGCUCUACGUGUUUUGGAUGGUGCUAUACUAGUUCUUUGUGCUGUAGGUGGUGUACAGUCGCAGACCUUGACUGUCAACCGACAGAUGAAGAGAUACAAUGUACCUUGCUUGGCAUUUAUCAACAAACUGGAUAGAAUGGGUGCAAAUCCAAAGAGAGUCUUAAAGGAAUUGAGAAGCAAGCUUCAUCAUAAUGCUGCGUUUAUACAAUUGCCAAUUGGUUUAGAAGGUAAUACGAAAGGAGUAGUCGACUUGAUUUCUCAGAAGGCACUUUACUUCGAAGGAAACUUUGGAGAGAUUGUCAGAGAGGAUGAAAUUCCAAAAGAUAUGAACGCAGAGGUGAAUGAAAAGAGGCAAGAAUUGAUCGAAAAUUUAAGUAAUGAAGACGAGACACUUGGGGAAUUGUAUCUAAACGAAGCGCAAAUAACUGAAAAGGAUAUUAUGGAGGCUUUACGUAGGACUUGUUUGAAAAGAAAAUUUACACCCGUGUUAGUUGGUACCGCGCUAAAGAAUAAGGGAGUUCAGCCAUUAUUAGACGCAGUACUAAAUUACUUACCUAACCCAGGAGAGGUAGAAAAUUAUGCUUUUGAAAAAACUGAAGAUGAAUCCAACAAAGUUUUAUUGAAUUCUGCCCGCAGCGAUAAGCAUCCUUUCGUCGGGUUAGCAUUCAAAUUAGAAGCUGGCAAAUUCGGCCAAUUAACGUACUUCCGUUCCUAUCAAGGAACGCUAAAAAAAUCAGACACCUUGUACAACACAAGGACAAAGAAGAAGGUGCGAGCUCAAAGAUUAGUUCGUCUUCACGCGAAUCAAAUGGAAGAUGUGACAGAAGUUUAUGCAGGUGACAUUUUUGCUUUAUUCGGUAUAGAAUGCGCGUCUGGCGACACAUUCGUCAAAAGUUCCAACCUUAAUUUAUCAAUGGAAUCGAUCUAUAUUCCCGAUCCCGUAAUAUCUAUGUCCAUACACACGAAGCAUUCAAAAGAUCGGGAUAACUUCGCCAAAGGUAUUGCCCGAUUCACCAAGGAGGAUCCAACUUUACGUUUCCACUACGACACCGAUGUCAAGGAAAGUAUAGUCUCUGGCAUGGGCGAAUUACACUUGGAAAUUUAUGCGCAAAGAUUAGAACGUGAAUAUAAUUGUCCGGUCAUACUCGGAAAACCAAAGGUUGCUUUCCGUGAAACUCUAUGCAAUCCUUGCGAGUUCGAUUAUUUUCAUAAGAAACAGAGCGGCGGUGCUGGCCAAUACGCUCGUGUGAUCGGAAUUAUGGAGCCAUUGCCGCCUGAAAAGAACACAACUAUCGAAUUUGCGGAUGAGACUGUGGGCACCAACGUUCCGAAACAAUAUAUACCAGGUGUAGAGAAAGGAUUUAGAGCUAUGUGCGAGAAAGGCUUGCUCAGUGGUCACAAGAUUACCGGUAUCAAGUUCAGAAUAAUCGACGGUAUGCACCAUUGCGUCGAUUCUUCGGAAUUCGCCUUCUUCCAAGCUGCACAGGGUGCCGUCAGAGAUGUGUUCGAGAAUGGCAGCUGGCGAAUUUUGGAGCCGAUCAUGUUGGUUGAAAUCACGGGUCCAGAAGAAUAUCAGGGUGCGGUAUUAGGACAAGUCAACAGAAGAAAAGGAAUCAUAAACGGAACCGAUACGAGGGAAGGAUGGUUCACGAUCGUCGCUGAGGUGCCACUCAACGAGAUGUUCGGUUAUUCCGGAGAAUUGAGAUCGACCACGCAGGGUAAAGGAGAGUUCACCAUGGAGUACGCAAGAUACAGCCCUUGUUUGCCGGAAGUACAGGAACAAGUUGUUAGACAAUAUCUGGAGUCACAGGGAAUAUCAGUGGCUCAGAAAUCAAAGAAUUAACUAUAGAAUAUGAGAUAAGCGAUUUUUUAAGCGCAAUUUUUAGGAAUAUUAUUAUAAACGUCGCAUUGCCGUGAACGUAAGCGUGUCACGGCAAUGUAUGUACCCUAUAUUCAAUAAACUAAAAAGAAUUUUUUAUUCAAAGUACAUCCAUAAACUACAUUUGAGAGAAAAACAAAAGUUGGUUAACUUAGUACAAUUGUAAUAUUUAACACUAAAUAAGAAAACGAUGUACGAUAUACUUAGUAAAUGUGUAACGCGACUGUAACGAAUUAAUUGUAAAUAUUAGUCUAUGUCCAAAGAUGUGAUACAAAGAGAGAGUAAUAAAUAAAAAGUCAUUUCUAUGUCUA